AGUGAGGUAUGUGUUCGUUUUGAAGUGUUCGUUUAUUUUGGUCAUCUUCAUCGGUGAUCAGCGCAGCGUUAUAACCAUGUGGAAGCUGCUGUGGGCGGCUGUACUGGUGGCCGUGCUCUCCACAUGUUACGCAGAUGCAAACCGUGAGAGAAGCAAACGUGCGAUAGAAAACAGCCCACAGUUCCAGGGUUACAACUAUGAGCCACCAUCUAAGCCUUUUACUUUACCUUCUGAAGGGUCACGGACAAACAUAGUGACAUUGAGACCAACGCCACCGUCACCGCCAAAGAUACCACCCACGCCAGGAACAGAUGGAUAUGUAUACACUACCCCGAAGACUCCAUUCCAAACGCCAUCCACUCGGCUGUCAACGGGAUACGAUUAUACAACUCCAGAAAAAAUAUUUACAUUGACACCGAAACCUUUUCCACCACCGAGAACACCGCCACCGCCACCUCAAACACCACCACCAAGUCCGGCGAUUAGAACGCCACCAACACUGCCGCCUAAAACACUACCACCAUACGUACCUCCACAAACUCCACCACCGAGAACGUUGCCACCAUACACACCUCCCCCACAAACUCCACCACCCAGAACGCUGCCACCAUACACACCUCCCCCACAAACUCCACCACCAAGAACGCUACCACCAUACACACCUCCCCCACAAACUCCACCGCCAAGAACGCUACCACCAUACGUACCUCCACAAACUCCACCACCGAGAACGUUGCCACCAUAUACACCUCCCCCACAAACUCCACCACCCAGAACGCUGCCACCAUACACACCUCCCCCACAAACUCCACCGCCACGAACGCUGCCACCAUACACACCUCCUCCACGAACUUUUCCACCAAGAACACCGCCUCCGCAAACACCACCGCCUAAAACUCCACCACCAUAUGUGCCCCCACAAACACUGCCACCAAGAACACCACCACCAUACACACCUCCCCCACGAACUUUUCCACCAAGAACACCGCCUCCGCAAACACCACCACCAUACAUCCCCCCACAAACACAGCCACCGAGAACACCACCACCAUACAUACCUCCCCCACCAACUUUUCCACCAAGAACACCGCCUCCGCAAACACCUCCCCCGCGAACUGUUCCACCAAGAACACCACCUCCGCAAACACCACCGCCUAAAACACCUCCACACACCCCGACACUUCCACACACGGUGCCUAGAACCCCACCAACACCGACGUAUAAAAUAACACCACCAUACGUACCCCCACCAACCCCAUCGAGAACACCGCCACCGUAUCUGCCACCGAGAACACCGACACCAAGAACACCAUCACCUCCGUCCAAAACACCACCACCAUACGUACCUCAACAAUAUCUGCCACCGAGAACACCGCCACCAAUAACGAAGACGCCAACAGGUGUAAGACCGGCGCAAAGAACACCACCGCCACCGCCACCUCAAACACCACCACCAAGUCCGGCGAAUAGAACGCCACCAACAUUGCCAACACCGCCUCCGCAAACACCUCCCCCACGAACUUACCCACCAAGAACACCGCCUCCGCAAACACCUCCCCCGCGAACUGUUCCACCAAGAAUACCACCUCCGCCUAAAACACCUCCACACACCCCGACACUUCCACACACGGUGCCUAGAACCCCACCAACACCGACGUAUAAAAUAACACCACCAUACGUACCCCCACCAACCCCAUCGAGAACACCGCCACCGUAUCUGCCACCGAGAACACCGCCACCAAGAAUACCACCAACACCACGAACGCAGGGAUAUGUUUAUACUACACCAGAAACAGUCUUUACGUAUCCUCCCGUAACUAAGGCAACACCACCACCUCCUCCUCCUCCUCCUACAACUGCACCCUCUUACCUGCCGCCAUUUUCAACUAGACCUCCCUACGUACCACCAACUUCGAGGACAACAACGGAAAGAUAUACAGAAAUUGGAGCUGGAUCAAUCGACACUGGAAUUGGAAUAUUUACUACGAGACGUCCGACAACUUCUCCCACAAUUAGAUACACUCCAACUAUAAGUACAACAUCAUCGAGACCAGGCACUACUUAUUUGCCGCCCAGAACCACUCCACCGACCCCUACCACCUAUUUGCCUCCUCCGGAAACGCCAAAAACCCGACCACCACCAUAUCUUCCGCCGUCAUCCCCGAGGCCGGUGUAUCCAACCGUGACGGCUCCGCCGCCACCCUCGCCCAUUUACAGCAUCACACCUAGUACGCCGACCUUGCCGCCACCAACCGGAAGACCAGCGCCACCCCCAACACUACCGCCCACGACAUCCAGACCAGUAGGAUACAAUUACCAGAUCCCCGACAUCCCGUUUGAAACUCGCAAACGAUGAAAGCCGCUAUCGCGGGAGACUUACAGCGCGUUACCGGUCAACAAAAUCUUGAUAUUAGUAUGCAUAAUAUUAAUUAAUUAGCAAAGAUUAGUAUUUAAUGGCCGAUGGUAGCGCUAAAUCGUUCACCGAACAUUUAGAGAGUAUUGCUUUUUUUUUAUACCAAUCAUUUUCACCGCAGAUAAGAAUUUUCUACCAGAUAAAGAUUUAGUCGAGCAAUCGGUGUCUUUUUACAUGUGUAACGAGUGUGAAAAAAAAAGAAUAAAAAUUUUUAGAAAAAUGCUACCUACAUACCUUUCCGUCUUAACGUAAAAUGUAUCUUCGAGCAAACAUUGAAAUCAGAAGUAAUUUCUCAAUGUUACGAUAUCACAUUGUUGUAAAAUUCAACAAUGUAUUUAACGUGAGACAAAGUGAGACGUAUAAAGGAUUGCAUUAAUUGUGCUAAUUGGUGGGAAGCAUGUUCUUACAUUUGAAAGCGCAAUUGUAACAACGCAUAUACAUCGAAACUAUUUCGUUUCUUAAAUAAAUUAACAAUAUAACUUUGUGCAUUAAAACAUGUUUAAUUAUAAAAAUACUUUUGUUAUAUUUUAUAAGCUGGACGUAUAUAAAACUAUU